GCCUACUGCUUCCCGUCAUGCCCUGGGGUGUUGUGCCCCGGAAGAAGAAGCCGGCGAUCCCGGCUUUCGGGCUAGCCGGCGAGGGGCGUAGCCUGUGUCUUCAGAUGGUGCAUUAGAAGACCAUACUAUCUCACUUGUGUAUGUGGGGAUUCUCCUGGGAAAGAAAGAUCUGAAGUACAUCAGUAGUCCUGCCAAAAUUCUUUACAAAGAAGAAAGGAUUUUCCCAAGAUUAAUUUGUGCCUAUGCAUCUGAGAUGGUCCCCUCUGAUGGGCUCUUCCUAUAGGAUGCUGGAGAAUCAAGAACAAGAGGAAUUGAUUACUGUAAGGGUCCAGGAUCCCCGAGUACAGAAUGAAGGUUCUUGGAAUUCCUAUGUGGACUACAAAAUAUUCCUCCAUACCAACAGCAAGGCCUUUACUGCCAAGACAUCUUGUGUGCGUCGCCGUUAUCGAGAAUUUGUUUGGCUGAGAAAACAACUCCAAAGAAAUGCUGGCUUAGUGCCUGUACCUGAACUCCCUGGAAAGUCUACCUUUUUUAGCAACUCAGAUGAAUUUAUUGAGAAGCGGCGACAAGGUCUUCAGCACUUCCUGGAAAAAGUCCUGCAGAACGUGGUCCUCCUAUCCGACAGCCAGCUGCACCUCUUCCUGCAGAGCCAGCUAUCAAUACCAGAGAUCGAAGCCUGUGUCCAAGGCCGGAGCCCCAUGACUGUAGCUGAUGCCAUUCUCCACUAUGCCAUGUCUAACUGUGGCUGGGUCCAGGAAGAGAACAUGAGUUCUCCUCAGCUGGCAAUGGGAGACCAGCGUAAGAGUUGCUGUUUUAUCCGAAGACCUGGUGCUCAGGCUUCUUCAUCACCUCUCCAGAAUGAAGAGAAGGAUCAGUUGGCAGUGUGGGCUCCUGUGGUCGAUCCUGUGGCUUCUCACUUGGAAAGUUCCUCUCUUCCUCUUCCAACCUCAUCUUCAAACUGGGACUUUGUGCAGUCUGAUGAAAGGACCAGUGCCUCCCAGCCCUGGAAGAGAGUAGAGGAAGACCACCCAGUUCACCCAUCUUAUGACAUGGACUCGGAAUCUGGACAGUUGGAAACGGUCUGAGAAGUGAAGGUUUUGGUCUAAGAUCAGAUAUGAAGGAAGCAGGCCCAGGUGGGAGAGGUUGAAUCAUCAGCAGCGUGCAGCAUCCAACGUGGGCUGCCUUCUGGGCAGCCUUAGUUUCAAAUGGUGGCGGCAGCAGCGGCACUGUAGCCUUCCUCUCUUGCUUAAUUGUUCUCCAGCCAGUGCUGACUGUGCUCAGAACAAAUUUAAAAGUUUAGGGUCUGUUUUGUCUUAGAAUUCCCUACCCUUGAUUCUUGAGAACAGAGUUUCUUCUGAUGAUUUGUUUAUCUGAGUAGAAACACACCCUUAAAAUACACUAGCUUUGGGGAAUCUGGGUUUUGGUAAGGGGGAUCUGAAAAUAAGAAGGUGCUAGCUUUUGCUUCCUGCUUUGUCUCAAUGGCCACCGCAAGUCAGUUGACAUCCCCUUGCUUUAUAAGUAGAUUCCUGUUUAAAUUGUUUGUUUUUGCUCCAGCUCCUACAGUUACUUGUUUUGGGAAGUUGUCCUCCCUGCCUCCCUGUCUCUUCAGUCUGUUGGAUAGUUCUCUCCUGUCCCAUUCUUCCUGCUCUUGCUUCAGCUCUGUGACUUUUCCUCUCUGUGGCGGGGGUAGCAACAGCCUCCAUUGCUGCUAGAGUUUGUUAUAGCUCAAGGCUUCUGCUACAAUGCUCGAGGUAGGUGAAGGUAGCAGCAGCUUGGUGGUCCUGUCAAAAGGGGGGACUUGAUUUUAGCUAGAAGGGCAGAAAAUAGCUGCUGUGCCAGGAACUUAUGGGUUACUUUGGGGGUGGCAGCCUUGGGCUGAGGCUUGCUCUUCAGGCUGGAUGUGGAGAAGUACGACUUUUCCCUGCCGGCUUCAUUGCACAUCACAUUCCCCAUUUUCCACAAUGUUUUUCUUGCUGCAUAGUCUUUAUAUAUGUUAUAAUAAGACAGCCUGUUCAAUUCACCAGGGCCAGGGGACUGUGCUUGUUGAUGAGAGCUUUGUUUUUUCCCUGUAAGCAAAGGGCUCUAGGGAAAGGGAACAGGAUGCCUUUAGACAAUGAGGCAUUCUGGCCUCCUGCUGCCUCUCCACUGAGAACUGGGGCUGCUGGGGUUUCUACUGCUGGCGUUCAGCAUGGCUCAGCUUUUCCGCUGGCUCUGUGUGGCUGCUUAUUCCCUUCUCCUCCCCCUCCUGCGGUCAUCACACCUUGUCUAGGUACUCUGUUACUACCAGUGGACACUGUGGGACUGUCAUGGCAUUUAUCUCAGAGUGGAGGUGCUCUGGCCUGAAAUAAAAUUCAAGUAUUUAA